AUGGCGAGUCGCGUGUUUAUGGUCCUGGGUUGCUUGUGGCCAGUGUUGCUGGUCCUUGUGCUGGACGUGCUGUGUCCUGCUGGAGGUGCUAUUCUAGAAGACGACCGCUUGGGAACUCCGGAAACGGUGUACCUUUCGAAAAAGUGGCAACCCUCGUCGGCGGUUGAGUUGCGGGCUGUUCUGCGGUCCCUGAGCGAGAGGAAGAUAGCAAAGACGGAUGCAGGAAUUGAGGGUAAACAGCUGCCAGCGCUUCCAGCAGCACCUUUUGGACCUUCCAGCCCCUGCAGGUGUUUAAGUGGUGUCUGCAGCUGUUGUCUGGGCGUCUUCAGCAUGAACGGUUGCGCGAAUCUAACGUACAUCCCUGAGGACUUUGCCUUCGAGUUUCGUAUGAUUUUCAACAAUCGCGUGCUGACGAAGAACCGCAUCAGUGGCAAGAACCCGAAACCGAUCUGUGUGCAUCCUCCACGGUUGGACUUUAUUGAGGUUUGCGCCAACUUCUACGACGUGUACUUCGUGGGGCGUAACAUGCACGUGUGCAUGGAGAUGAAUGGCAACUUCGAGGGAUACGAGCUGUUUUCGAGAUCGUUCAACUGCCUGCGGAUAGGCGAUAAGGGAGUGAAAAUUUUGAAACCAGGCGAACAAAUCGGAGGAUCCGUUAAUCCAUCGCUCGAGGCUGAAAUUGAUUCCGGUGAUGACAUUGAGGACUACGACGAAGCCGUUGUAUAA